AUGAUCGCGAAGCGGCCACAUCAAAGCACUAAUAAUCUACACGCGGCGAGGUUUCACGUCGUGCUCCUCUCGUUCUUCUGUGUUCUUCUUUCUGUCGGCUUUAAAGAAGUGCGAGCGGCAUCCUGGAAUGGAAGUUGUCAAGGCCCAUCGUGCGACGACGUUCCGUGUGGGACUACAGAAUGUAAAAACGGCGGAUAUUGCGACCCUGACAGCCUAAUGAAGUGUUUAUGUCCUCCAGAUUAUGGACAGAGUGAUUGUGGCGUAAAAGUUAACGCAUGCCCGGGGGGGGUCGAGUGCUACAACGAUGGUUUAUGCCCAAUUUCGGGUUCAGGUUCAGGCUGCCGUUGUGACCCACACUUUACGGGAAACCAGUGUCAAACGGAAGUACAAAAUAUCCAAGAUUGCGUAGGUAGCAACCAUUAUUGCUUAAACAGCGGCGUGUGCAACACUGGUGGAUUAGCAUCGUGCACGUGCACGGGAAGUUAUGCCGGGGAACACUGCGAGAAGUCUGUGAACAAGUGCGAUGAAUUCCAUCCGGUGGCAUAUUGCGAAAACGGAGGUGAGUGCGCGGGAAGUGGGUGUAAUUGCAUUUCGGGAUAUUACGGCGCACAAUGCGAAAAUAUUGGAAUCGAUCCGCUCGGAACUUCUUCAACAACAUCCUCCAAAUAUACCAAAAAAGAGCUCACGAUAGGUUUUGCAGUUGUUAUUAUUCUACUCGUACUCGCGAUCGUCGGUACUGUUUGCUGCGUAAAGCAAAGACAGAAACGAAGGAACGCUCAGAGCAUUCGCAGAGCGGCGUGGAGCGCAAAUCCAGGACCUGGCGCGUAUGUGUACGAAAAUGGCGCGCAAUUGGAUUAUAGAACUGGUGAGAGGAAGGGUGUGCAAGAAAUUGAAAUGGGGGGAUCUCCACAGGCUACGUUUCAUACUCCGAUAGGUGGGGAACAAAACCCACACACGCCGACUGUAACACCCCUAUCCAACGCUUCGGCGAGGGCGUAUCAACCGCCGGACGACCAAUUCGGUAGCGGCGGAGCGUACGCGGUUGAUUCACCGUCUGAAAUUCCAAAUCCAGUUAGUGCGGCGCUCGCUUUGGCCAGAAAAGAUCAAGAGGGCGGAUAG